GUCAAGCAAAACCCUUGAUUUCUUCCUAGCUAACUUAACUCCUCCAGACAUGGGCCAAGUUCUCAAGAAAUUUGGAGGUGAUGAGAAAAAGGACAAAGAAAUAGUUCCUGUAAUACAAGAAUGUUACGAAAAAUUCUUUGUGAACACUGAGAAUUGGAGCAGGGCUGACUUCUACCAUGCAGUGUGCUUGACUGUCGAAGAAAUCAACAAAAAGUUGGGCAGCACACAAUUUCGGGUGCCAAAGGCAUCAACCCUUGAGCAAGCAUAUGAAAAGCAUCACCAAGGCAAAGGUAAGGCUUUGACAAAGGAAGAAUUUCAGAAGAUACUCCAAGAUGUAAUUCUUGAUACAGGAGUCACUGGCAUUGGAGCAAAAGAUACCCUAUUCUACAUGUUAGGUGUUCCAGUGACUGCACUAUUUUUCAAACAACGCCUAAUUCCAACAGCAAUACCUAACGAAAUCUUCAUUCCUGGGGUCACAUCUGCAACUGUUUUUCUUCUUGCAAAACUCAACAAGAUAUGAACAAAGCCCAGUUGAGUUCUUCUAUGUAAAUGUACCCAUGUAAUUGAUUGGUUGUUGGAUUUUUUUUU